GAUACCAUGAUAUUUUUCUUAUCUGAGGAAGCUGAAUUCGGAAGCAGACUACAUCGAAAACGAGAAAUAAAUCAACUGGUUUUUAGAGCCUAUCGGAAGUGUUCUGAAUGCCAAGAUGGCCCAUGCAUCGCCUCAACCACGCUUGAUAACCCCCGCUCAGAUCGUUGAAAGUCUGAAUUAUGAGGAGCUCAUACCAGCAGUGGAACAAGGUCUCGGGAACUUUUCCAAACGGAAUGAAGAAGGAGGCGGAGGAGGAGUAUAUCCACAGAGAACCAUGAUGAAUAUUGAAGAGCACAAUGGUGUUGUGUUUGUCAUGCCUGCAUUCAGUUCUGCUGAUAGUGUCAUUGUAACAAAAUUAGUCAGUCGUUACCUUGGCAACGCAGAGCAUAACCUUCCCACCCAUGCAGGAGCAAUCAUUUUGCUCGCUGCCCAGACCGGAGCACCUAUCGCCGUGAUGGAUGCUGAACACAUAACAGGAAUGAGAACAGCGGCAGCAUCAGCAGUAGCUACAAAGUAUCUCGCAAAGGAUGACUGGCAGACUGUAGCGCUCAUAGGAGCCGGAGCCCAGGGGGAGUCUCACCUUCAUGCCUUGAAACAUAUGAAUCCAUCAAUAGAGGUUCGAGUUUGGACAAGAUCCUCUGAGAAGUGCCAGGCUUUUGCCCAGAAGUUUAAUAUAAAAUCAUGUGAAACAGCUCAAGAGGCAGUGACUGGAGCAGAUGUAGUUUGUACAUGCACAUCUUCUGAAACUCCUGUAUUGGAGUCUAGCUGGCUGAAACCCGGCGCUCAUAUUAAUUGUGUUGGGGCCUGUGUACCGUGGGCCCAGGAGUUGGGUUCAGAGGUCAUGACGAGGGCUGUCGUUUACACCGACAACACACCUGGGGCGUACAAGGAGUCUGGAGAUAUUCUGCAUUCUAAGGUGACGGUUUUUGCAGAGAUAGGUGAGGUUGUUAAUGGGACCAAAGAGGCCAAAAGAAAUGAUCUUACUGUCUUCAAAAAUCAAGGGCUGGCUAUUGAGGAUGCUGUAGCUGCUAAACUGGUCUAUGACAAAGUCAGUGAUCUAACCAACGUAAAAUCGGCUUGAUAAGCCAGGGCUUCUAUCCGAACUUUAGCAUGAGGGGAACGCACAAGCCUGUCACCAUUCCAGUUACGUUAAAACUUAUACCUGGUUGUAUUGCUAUAUUACCCCCCUCCUCUCUGUCUUUCUGUCCCUCUCUCCUUCUCCCUCUCCCUCUACAUGUAUAUCUCUCUUUCUCUCUGGUAAUGCACUUUUUUGAUGUUUAGUUUUACUAGUGACUGGUUCAUUUAUUGUCUAUCUAUCAGUAUAACAAGCAUUUAAGUGUGUGAAAUGUUUUGAUUACAUCGGGAACUUGAUACGAUUGUUCUUUCCUUGCGAUACCUAUUUCUCUAUCAAGAAAGUUUGAUAACUAUUAUUCAUGUAAAAAGAAUUACCAUGUUGCUGUAAUUCAUUCCUUCAUCCCAGUAGAAUUUUGUAUUCUGUUCAGGAGCAACAUAAAUAUGAAUGUAUUUGUAAAAAUGAAUAUAUAUGUAUCUUGUAAUAAUGCAAGCACAAAGUGCCAGCUAAAAUUUUUUAGUAUACUGACCCUAAAAGGGAAUGUUUUAAAGGACAAGUCCACCCCAGCAAAAAGUUGAUUUGAAUAAUAAGAGAAAAAUCCAACAAGCAUAACACCAAAAAUUUCAUAAAAAUCGGAUGUAAAAUAAGAAAGUUAUGACAUUUUUAAGUUUCGCUUAAUUUUUUAAAACAGUUAUAUGCACAUCCUGUUCGGUAUGCAAAUGAGGGAACUGAUGACAUCACUCACUCACUAUUUCUUUUGUAUUUUAUUAUAUGAAUUAUUCUAAUUUUCUCCUCAUUUUCAAGUGAAACUACGAUUUACUCCUCCCUGAACAUGUGGUAUUACCAUUGUUAUAACAUCUUAUGGCUCAGAUAAGUUGGUCCUUAAUGUCAAACUGGUGAAAAUUGAAAUAUUGUAUAAUUCAAACAGUAAAAAACAAAAGAAAUAGUGAGUGAUGGACAUCAUUGACUCUCUCAUUCGCAUGUCACUGAGUUGUGCAUAUUACCGUUUUGUGAAAAGUAAGCGUAACUUUGAAAUGUCAUAACUUUCUUAUUUUACAUCCGAUUUUGAUGAAAUUUUCAGAACUAUGCUAGUUUGAUUUUUCUCUAUUUAUUCAAGUCAUAAUUUUCCUGGGGUGGACUUGACCUUUAAGCACUGUUUGAAGUGUGCGAAACUAAUGAAGAUGUUACAGAUGUAAAAAAAAGUUUGGAAAUCUGAGUUUGGCCAUUAAUUUCUCCCAACUCCCAAUUUUACACAAUGUAUAUUUGAUAUUCAAAAGAUCAUGUAAUUAUCUUUAAAAUGAUACCAUGCUUGUUAUGAUCAUGCCAUCAGGAAAAGAGCAGGAUUCAAGAGUUUUGGAUGAGGUCUGAAUGGAAAAGCUGCAAAACGAGCAGAAAUAGUCAUGAAGGGUCAAUAAAGAAUAUGAUUCUUUUGUCUACGUCUGUGUCAAUAGAGAUGAAAAGCCAUUCAAAUCAAGCCCCUGCUUCGUAGGGUAUCAUUUUAAAGAGAAUUAAAUUAUAUAUAUUACGUUGGUAUCAAUCACACAUUAAUAUUCACUACAACGGAGGAGGGAUGGUCGAUCAAAGUCAGUUUUCCAAACUUUUUUUGAGGAGUUUAUACAUGUAUAAUAUAGUGAUUAAAAGAAUCGUUUUCAAGUCAGUACAUAUAUUAUAAGUAGUAAAUAAAGAGGCUUUAAAUCUAGGACGAAAUUAUAAUUUGUAAACAAAUUUUCGGCAUUACUCCUAUGCGUUUAAGAUCGCAUGCUCGAUCUGUAAUGAAAAUCAUAAGUCAGAAAAAAUUGGAACCAGUGGGAUUCGAACCUGCCAUCUAUUGCUUUACGGGCAGCGACUUAACCACCAGGCUAUUCUGGUUCACGGCUAAAUCACGAUGAACUGGAAUUCAAAUACCCUCGAUCCUCUUCUUUCUGACUCAUUAAUAUGCAAAUGCAGUCCGCCGUGGACAAUAGAUAGUAAAUAAUGAGGCUUUAAUAGGGGAAAAUUAUAAUUUGUAAACAAAUUGUUGGCAUUACUCCUAUGUGUUUAAGAUCGCAUGCUCGAUCUGUAAUGAAAAUCAUAAGUCAGAAAAAAAGCAUUAAAAAAAGAUUUUAAAAAUGAGGGCGCUUUUACAUUUUGUUGCUUCCAAUUUACUCAAAUUCAACCAAACCCCAAGUUCAAAGAAGAAGUUCAGAUUUAUUGUGAAGAACUUAGUUUUGGAAUAAAAAUAUUGAUUCAGCAAGUAUUCUCCAUUGAAGGCAUUUAAUUUUGUUACCUAUGCAGACUGAUUUAUAGAUGGGCCUAGGUAUAUGUUCCUGGGGGCCAUUUCAUAAAGCUGCUCAUAAGUUAAGAGCAACUUUAAGAACGACUGGUGAUCCUUUCAUGUGGUAUAUGGUAUAUUCAUUGGCGAUGGUUUAGCGCGUAAGAAAGGUUCACCAGUCGUUCUUAAAGUUGCUCUUAACUUACGAACAGCUUUAUGAAACACCCACCAGAUCUGGCAAUGAAGGACCCAUGAAUCUCAACUGCAGACAAUCUAUUUUUGUCUCACCUGCAUAGCAGAGUGUGACUAUAGGCGCCGCUUUUCCGACGGAGGCGGCGGCGUCAACAUCAAAUCUUAACUGAAGGUUAAGUUUUUGAAAUGACAGCAUAACUUAGAAAAAGUAUAUGGACCUAGUUUAUGAAACUUGGACAUAAGAUUAGUCAAGUAUUACUGAACAUUCUGCCUAAGUUUCAGGUCACAUGACCAAGGUCAAAGGUCAUUUAGGGUCAAUGAACUUAAAACAUGUUGGGGGAAUCAUAACUCGGAAAUCGUCAUAACUUCGAAAGUAUAUGGACCUAGUUCAUGAAACUUGGCCAUAAGGGUAAUCAAAUAUUGCUGAACAUCCUGCCUUAGUUUCAAGUUACAUGACCAAGGUCAAAGGUCAUUUAGGGUCAGUGAAGUUUGGCCAAAUUGGUGGUAUCAUAACACUUGGACGUAAGGGUAAUCAAGUAUCACUGAACAUCCUGUGCGAGGUUUAGGUCACAUGACCAAGGUCAAAGGUCAUUUAAGUUCAAUGAACUUGGCCAUGUUGGGGUAUUUGUUGCAUUACCAUCAUAACUCUGAAAGUGUAUUGGUCUAGUUAUAAAACUUGGACACAGGAGUAAUCAAGUAUCACUGAACAUCCUGUGCGAGUUUCAGGUCACAUGACCAAGGUCAAAGCUCAUUUAAGGUCAAUGAACCUUGGCCAUGUUGGGGUUUUUUGUUGAAUAACCAUCAUAACUCUGAAAAUGUAUGGAUCUAGUUCAUAAAACUUGGACAUAAGAGUAAUCAAGUAUCACUGAGCAUCUCGUUCGAGUUUCAGGUCACAUGACCAAAGUCAAAGGUCAUUUAAGGUCUAUGAACUUUGGCCAUGUUAGAGGGGAUUAUUAAAUUGCUGUCAUAACUUUCAAAGUUUAUGGAUAUAGUUUAUGAAAUGUGGACAUAGGGGUAAUCAAGUAUCACUGACAAGUCUUAGUCUCAUGAUCAAGGUCAAAUGUCAUUUAGGAUGAAUGAACGUAGUAUUGUAUCAUUAUAUGAAUGGUGUUUUUUGUGAAUAAUUAUUUCAUAGUAGUUUUCAAAGUCAGCACUGCUGCUAUAUUGAAUCGCAUAAUGCAGGUGAGAGAGGCACUCCACUUGUUUCAUAUUUCAUACAAGGAGGAAUUAUUAGUUUGUAACCUUUUUCAAAAACUUUUUUUAUGAGUCAGUGGAGCCAGGCAUAAGCCUAUUCUCUGGGUAGCAUUGCCACUGAAGUUUUCAGACUAAGUAUUUUUUUUAUUUUUAGAUUAUUGUUUUUAUAAGUAGUUGAUUGUGUGACAGUACUAUAUGUUGAAAAUUUGAACAAUUGUGUGAUGUAAUCACAAUAUCAAUGUAAUGAAUUUGAUCUAUUCUUGGAAAUAAAAUGUCAAUUAUUUUGAGAA